AGCCGUAUAAGGGUUAUGUUAAAAAGAUUAGUACAAUCCAUACAUGUGGUGAUGACGAAGAUUAAGAUUUAUGUGUUGCUAUCGGUGUUAGUCAUACUAGCGCAAAGUGCUCGUGGAUUUCAAUUACCAACUAGCUAUUCAAAGGAACUUGCAAGAUAUUCAGUAAUAAGUACAACAAGUACAUGUACCGAUGGUGGUCCAGAGAAUUGCAAUACUACCUGUCCGACAAGGACUAGCUUUCCUUCCUUUUCAAAACCAUUAAAAUCGAUUUCUUCCAAUUGCACUGUAUACAAUGAUUCACCGCCCACACACACGACGAUAGGCAAUGGGGCAAUCGAAUUCAACUCGUCUACAACAGAUUGUCCACUGCAUGAGUGGAAUUAUAAUGGAAAUAAUCCACACUUUACUAUAACUAUGUGGGUCAAAGUAUCAACUAGCAUGAAUGUAUUAAGCAUUGGCAGUGGUCUCAAUUUGAGAUAUGAUGCAGCUGGACCAACCUUUGUCUUACAGACAUCAUCAAGCAGUAGAAAAGAAGCGACGCCAGGAUGGUUUUUCAUCACUUUGAGGUUUAAUGACAAAUUAAGUUGGUUUCUCAAUGGUCAGCUGGUUGCAGAUGGUAUUUCUUUUACCGCAUCAUCAUCUUACAAUGUUAAACUUGGACCAAGAAAAGAUUUGAUAUCAGGUUCCCUAAUUAUAGUAGAUGUUCGCUGGUACUCGGAUGUUAUAACAGAUAGAGAAAUUGAUUACAUAUACAAAGGGCUAGAGGACAAUAUUUUUUGCAGGUGCCCAACAACACACCCAAAAGUCGUUAAAGAUACCCUUCCUGUCGAGAACAUGAAGUGCACCGAUGGUAGCACGAAGGUCUUGCGUCUUGGUGCAAACGCUCAUGUUCCUGAUUACAUGGCUGAUGCCAACACAAAUACCAAGUGGGUGUCUGGCAUCGUAAAAGAAGUCAAUAUAACUCUAACAUUGAAGAAACAGUUUCAGAUGAAACGUUUAUCACUCGUUGGAAUAGCGAAGUCACCAGCAAGUUUAAAAGUCAUCCUUCUCUUAAAUAAUGCCGAGGUUCAAGCUAUCGAAUUAAAUGUGAAUGGUGGAAACGUUUCUUAUGACUUUAAUGAAGGAUCUAUUACUAGUAGGACACAAUACCAAAAGUUCAUAGCUGAUAAAGUUAUUGUCCAGGCUAAAUUCACUACAAGUGACUAUCUUUCUGUAGGUGAACUAACGCUUGAAGCUAGAUGUAGUUGUUAUGGUAACGAUAAUGCGUGCAAGAUUGUCACAGAUGGCUACACGUGUAGUUGUUUAUCGUCCUCUAACACAAAAGGGUCACAUUGUGAUGGUUGUGGAACCGGCUACUAUCGCAGUGCUGAGCAAUUUGUAUGUAACAACCCAUGUAAAUGCAACAUGACCGGAAGUAAUGACACUGUAUGUGAGGAGGUAAAUGGGCAAUGUAGCUGUCAUGACAAAAUUGAAGGUAGACAAUGUUCCGUCUGCAAGCACAAUACCGCGAACUUUUCUUCUAGCGGAUGUACAGCAUGCGAAUGUAAUCCUGACGGUAUCACUAGCUGUAGUGAUGAUCUAACCUGUAACUGUAAACAAAACGUAGACAUUACGUCUGGUAAAUGUGACAAAUGUCUGCCUAACUUUUAUAAUAUAUCUAGUCCUUCCGGUUGUGCUGCCUGCGAAUGUGAUCCAUCCGGCACCAGGGUGGCGGAGCCUUACUGUGAAAGUGACAAAGGCGAAUGCUAUUGUAGAGCUAAUGUAGAAGGUAAAAUGUGUAAAACAUGCAAAGAUGAAUAUUACGGCUUGUCAGAUAACAAAACAGACGGGUGUGAUGCUUGUGAGUGUAAUAUUGUAGGAUCUGCUUCGUUUAUAUGUGACAAAGAUACUGGUCAAUGUCCUUGUUUUGGUGAAAGCAAUCCUACAGAAGUUAAUAACAGACAAUGCAUACCGACAGCGUUGAAACUGGAACCUUUAUUUGGACCAAAGGCUGGGUCAACAUUGCUUACCCUCACUGGAACCUUACUUGGUACAAACGCAGAUGUAAAUCUUACCAUAGGUGGUGAAGAACAAGAAAUUGUUGAAAGGAAUCUUACUUUCAUAGUAUUCAAAACAAAGGAAAGUACAGAAAUUGAAAGUAAACCAAUGAGAUUAGUCUGGAGUUAUGGAGGUCAAACAUACAAUGAUGACAACUUUGAUAACACAACACAAAUGUUUAAAUACAAGAACAAUCCCCAGAUGAUAGUACCCACAUCGAAUUUAAGAACAUUUGCAAGUGGGGGCUGCAUCAUACAAGUUGGAGGUGACAAUCUUGACAGUGUUCCGUAUCCAAAGUUGCGAGUUUAUCUAGAUGGUGGUAAGGAGUUUCAAUCGCCGUGUAUGGCAACAAAAAAGACAUUAAAGUGUCCGACUCCUACUAUCGAUAUAGAUGAUAAAGAUCGGAAUGUCUCGUAUGGAUUUUGGCUGGACGGAUUUAUGGCAAACAAGAACGUCACUGAAAGCCAGGGCUCUGUAUUGGAAGUAGUAAAGGACCCUUCUAUUUAUACCGGCAUGUCAGAAACCUUCCGGAAUACGUUUGAUGAUAUAUUCAAAGUUAAGGGUGAGCGUUUGAAUGAUGCCUGUCAUGACAGCGACGUUUCUAUUACUCUUGGAGAUAAAAAAUGUGCUAUUCUAAGCCGCCAUGACGACGUUAUCACGUGUGAUCCGGGAGAAAGUUUCCCAGGUACAGCAAGAUCCGUUACAGUCAAGGUGAAGAUAGGUAACAUUGAAGUGGAAUGGGGUACACUAAAGAUCAACUCAUUUUGGACUAACACAGAGUUUAUCUACAUAGCCGUUAGCGCAGGUCUGCUCCUUAUCAUCGUCAUCGCCUUUAUCGUCUGCGUUAUCAGAUGUCGUCGCAAAAGUAACAGUGAUAGCCCUGAUGACAGUAUUCCGCUUGAAAUAGCUACAACUGGUAAAACCAAACCAAACAACUAUACAACAAUUAAUCCAAUUGCUGUGAUUCAACCUCAGUCAGCCGAGGUACAUACAAAGACGUCGAAGGAAAUUGCAGAUGAUUUUUGCAAGCGUUUAUUACACCACGUUGGGAAAGUCGUGAACAGUUCUAUAAUAGAAAGAAGUAACAUAGACCCUGGAAAAAUAUGCACGCACAAAGGAAAGAAGAUACGUGUUAUAAGCGGACAGUACAAUGCAUCCACAUCGUCACCGUAUUCUGGAUCCAGCCUUACAAUCAAAACAUUAAUUGAUAAAUAUCCAGAGGAAGGCGAUCUGCCAGAAUGGCUAAAUACUGGUCUACUCGAGUGCACCAGGCUUCAAGAUUUUGACAAUGACAAUGUCCUUAGAAUGAAGGGAAUUGCGAUUGAUAUAAAAAAUAUCUACAUUAUUUAUCCGGCAAUGGCAAACAAGACUCUUAAAGAAUACCUGAUUUUAGAGCCGCUGAAUGCAGAAAAGAAGUUGGAGAUAUGUAUUCGUGUAUGUGAGGGAAUGAACUAUCUGAGUUCACAAAGCAUUGUACAUAAAGACCUUGCUGCCAGAAAUUGCUGGGUAUCACGAGAUUUUGAGGUGAAGAUAAGUGAUGCUUCGUUUAGUUACGAUUUAUUCCCGGAUGAAUAUUUACAUAGCAACGGUCGCUAUCAGCCAGUACGGUGGAUGUCCCCGGAGAGUUUACGUCAAGGUUUCUAUGACGCGAAAUCUGAUGUUUGGUCCUAUGGGGUUGUCAUUUGGGAAGUGUUUGCCAAUGGGUACCUGCCGUACUAUGACAUCACCGACAAUGCGAUGAUAAAAGGCAAAGUGUGUGACGAGCACUACAGACUUGGUAAACCGGUAGAUUGCGAUGACGCCAUGUUUCAAAUUAUAUGCGAUUGCCAAAAAGACAAAUCGGAGGAUCGUCCAAACUUCUUCAUUAUUCAAAACAUGUUCGACCAUAUUCUUAAUCCUGGUGCCUCAUUGGUCCAAUACGCAAAUCAACAAGAAUUGGCCGGACACGAGACAGGAAUGGAAGAUUAUGAGAAUCUUGGAAUAGUUCCUCCUCCACGACCACCAAAAGACUAUUGACCCUAAAAGUGAUAUUCAAGAUCUGAAUACAUUAUUAACCGAAAGAUGUUUUAAUAUUAUUGGUUAACAUUUUGUGCACGUGGAAUCUCUGUGAUAUUAAAUUAUAUGAAUUAUUAUUGAAGAAAUAUUGUAGUUCUACUGUACAAGCAAUAAACAUGUGUAUAUUAAAAAAUGAAGAAUUUGGGAGUUAUGAGAAAAUACCAUGACAUGUUUUCAUUCUAGAAUUAUGACAAUCGCGACAUCGCUUAUUCUAGACUAUUCUAUGAUCAUGAUCUUUUAUUCUUGAAUCAUAACAUCGCUUAUUCUAGAAUAAGCCACUUGUUAUCUACCGGUAUAUGAUGUUUAAGAUGAUAUUGUGUGAAUUGUUUAAUGUCCUAUCCAUUGUCAAUUAGAUAAUGAGAAUCAUCAUGAUAUCUUAAGUACAAACCAUCAUUUCUUUGUGUUAAUUUAGUGUCGCAGGUUAUACAUAUUAUUAAUGCCACCGUUUCAUUUAAUUUUAUCAGAACAGAACAGAAUAGAGUUUGUUUCAUAAUGUGUACACACAUAGGUAUAGUUAUAACAAACGUGUUUAAAUAUCAUUUUAGGUCGCAUAUUUUACAAUAAAGGAAAAAAAAACAAGAAUAUAUUUAUUAAACAUAAAUGCCUCCAGGCUCAGAUUAUUGUUAGAAGCUAUAUUUCAAAAAUAGUCAUGGCGUUUUGUAAUUGUGAAAAAUAUAAGUUAGCAAGUCAUUGCUAUGACUUUUGACAAAGUUCAAUGCCAUCAUUUCUUUUAAUUUGUAGGACCAUUAAUUCCACUGAAACAAUGACAUUGUCAAUUUCAUUCGCUUUUUUAUAAGAAUGGUACAUUAAUAGAUACUGAAUGCAUUUUUAGAUAAUAGAAAUAAAAUAUAGAAUGUUUAUAAAUGGACUUUAUUUGAUGAAAAGGAAAGAUGUGAAAUAUAUCUUGUAUUAAGCUUUAACCUACAUUUUCAAACCUACAAGGAUAAUUUAAUACCAUGUAUUAUGUACAUAACUAUAAAUAAUUGAUAUACCAAAGUGUUUUAUUAUGUGUGGUGGUAAACAACACCCAUUCUGUUGUCAGCUUAAGAAAAUGACACUCCGUACGUCCCGUAAGUGCGCCUGGUUUAAAACGGCCGUUCUGUAAGCGCACCAGGUUUAGGACGGCCGUUCUGUAAUCGCGCCUGGUUUAGGACGGCGUUAUGUAAUCGCACAUGGUUUAGGACGACUGUUCCGUAAGCGCGCCUGGUUAAGGACGGACGUUUCAUUAGUGCUCCUGGUUAAGGAAGGCAUUCCGUGAAUGUUUGCCACGCAGAUCUGCACUUUGACACAUAAGUCCGCCCAUAUUCCAAAUAGUGCACAUCAUUUUUUAAAUACUAGUAUUGUGUUAAAUAAGCUUGCAUACAAUUUAACAAAUGUUUAUUCUACUUUAUAAAUCAAUGGUGACCAAAUGACCAUUUGAAUGCCUUUUUCUGUCAAUCAAAAUUUUCAAAACAAAAUUAAAAGGAAGA